AUGGCUUUGGUUCCCGGUGAGGAUGCCCCGGAUGUCCCACUUGACCCAGUGCCAGUUUACGAGAACACAGAUUUGAAUGGACUAGCUGAUGAUUGGGAAAGUGAUCCCAGGGUUAGGCGUCCAGCACUGAAAGCAGGUGGCGGUGUGUUGCAAUGGCCAGAUCCCAAAAAAAUUGGGGUGAUCAACUUUGCUGCGAUCAAGCUGAACUGCGAAGUCUUGACGCACCUACUCCACAUUUGGUGCCCCAUCGCUGAGGACAGGAAGACUGUCCCCAUCAAGCUGAUCAAGCCCCAGGAGUUCGUGGGGUUGCUUCAGUUUUUGCUGGGCUUGUGGGCCCAACGGCACCAAUCCAAGGAUCCAACGAUGCGUGAGCUCUUCAACAUCCUGGCUCAGUUCUUCUCGGUGAAGGCAGGCUCAAGGACUAGGGCAUGGGAGCCAGAUGAUGAGGCUGACCCCUAUGGAGAAAUUGAUAAGGAGCAGAUACAUGAAGAAUCAGAACAUGAAGGUGGGAACCCUGAACCGCAUGAGGAACCUGCAGGAGAAUCAGAUGAUGGACCGGGUGAAUCACAGGAUGUUGGUGGGGAGGCUGGAAAGCCAGAGCAUCCAGUUACCCCCAAGAAAAACACCCCCAAGAGUGAGGGUGAUGCUGAUCCCUUGGACGAGUUUAUGGCUUGGAAAAUGGGUGGGGAAUCCAUGGUGAAACCAACUCCCUCUCCGGGAAACCCAUGGACAAGUUCGAAAGAGUCGGUGAAAGAUGGCCAAAUGGACGAGAUUGAUGAUGAGCUGGAACGUUUGGAGCGACAAAUGGCCAUGAAGAGGAUUGCCUAUUUGACUAACAAGGCCAAGUCAAGCUGGGAUCUGGAGCCAGCAGGUGGAGCCUAUCCAGCUGAGGGUGACACCCUGGCAAUGGAUUUGUCGCCCAUGGCUUCUGAGAUUCGCAUGGCUAGCAGUGGAACAACGGUUGAAAACCAAGAGCCUAAGGUCGACAAUGACAUUGGCAACAUGUCUCCCAUUCCGGCUACCCAGCCAGACCCAGAGGAAUCUGAAGUGCCCACGAGCGAAGAUGCCCCUGCCCAGCAAAUGCCGCCUCCUGCAAAGGUCCCUUCAACUGACGGAGGUGAACCUGCACCGUCAAGCGGGGACUUGCUGAAUGAAGAGGUUGACAUUACCCGGCUGGACCAGCUUGGCGCCUUCCCAAAGCCAAAGGCCAAGGGGAAGGCCAAAGCAAAAAGCACUGCUAAGGCUAAGGCUAAGGCUAAGGCUAGAGAAAAGAGCAAACCCAAGGCAAAAGCACAGGCCAAGAAAAAGGCCCAGAAAGGUACACCCAAGGCGAAGGCAAAGGCAAAGGCUGACAAGAAGCGAAAGGAUGAGGCUGAAGGCAAGGUUGAAGGUACAGGUGACGCUGAGGCACCUAGCAAGAAAGCAACCAAGAAAGCUGCGAAGAAGACUGAGGUAGAGCCAGGGCCACCAAAGGUGAAGGCUUCUUUUGCCCGACGGUACUGCCCCAAAACUGACCCCGGCAAGACCUGGCAUUUGGCUGUUCGUGAAAACUUUGAGAAGCACAUUGCCCCGCACUUGAAGCAUGCAAGCACGGCUGAGGACACGGGGUUUGCUUCAUUGAUGUUGACAGUACCACAUGUCCUGAAUUGUCCUGAUCUUUCUCAUACCUUCCACAUUCUGUAUCCUCUCCGUUUUUGUAGGAGCCCUUUUUGA